GGUUGUUGGUGUCAAAUGACAGUAGCAGAGAUGAAGCAAUUCCCAAACAUUCCAAAAACGACACUCUCUACAUGAACAGACAGAAACCUCUCUAGAAACAGAUCUGGGAAGGGUGACAGAAAUGUUCCUGUACGUUUUUGGUCUCAUAGUCCUGCUCUAUGUGUAUCGGUGGUUCAGAGAAUUGGAAAGAGUUCCCAACAAAACAGAGAAGUUUGUGUACAUCACAGGUUGUGAUACAGGCUUCGGGAAUCUCCUGGCCAGACACCUGGAUGUAAAGGGUUUCCGUGUCAUCGCUGGCUGUUACACGGAGAAGGGAGAGGAUGAGUUGAAGAAAAACUGCAGUGACAAACUCACAACAUUGCAUUUGGAUGUGACUGAUAAUGACAGCAUAAACAAAGCCAGUGACACCAUUAAAAACCUGGUGGGACAGAGGGGUCUGUGGGCCGUGGUUAACAAUGCUGGUGUACCUCUUCCAAGUGCUCCCAAUGACUGGCUGGUUAUUGAGGACUUCAGACACAUUUUAGAUGUUAACCUGAUUGGUGUUAUUGCCGUAACUCUGAGUGUCUUACCUCUUAUUAAGAAAGCCAAAGGCAGAGUGGUCAAUGUGGCCAGUGUAUAUGGAAGGAUUAGUGUCUCUGGGGGAGCAUACUGUAUAUCUAAGUAUGGAGUAGAGGCGUUCAAUGACAGUCUAAGGAGGAACAUGGCACCGUUUGGAGUUAAGGUUUUAUGCAUUGAACCUGGAUUCUUCAAAACAAGCAUGACUGACUACAGUGCCUUACAGAGUAAUAUAGAGAACUUAUGGUUGAAGUUGCCUGAAGAUGUCAAGGAUGAGUAUGGCAGUGACUACAUAGACAGAAUAAAGCAGAUGAUGGAUGAGAAGUUUGAGAAGAUUUUGGAUACAGAUCUGAUGAAGGUGGUGAACUGCAUGGAGCACGCUGUGGCUGCUGUCCAUACUCGAACCCGAUAUUCUCCGGGAUGGGAUGCCAAGUUCUUUUGGUUGCCUCUCUCCUACAUGCCAACCUUCAUCUCUGAUGCUUAUAUUUUAAAACAUUCUGUUAAACCAAAAGUUUCAGUUCUGUAAGCAAAUGUUCCCAAUCAACUGUAUGAUUAAGCCACAUUAAUCAAUAUUUUGUAUUUGUUUACUUUACAAAGCAAUAAGCCAUGAGAUCACAGGCAAGGGCUGAUCUCUUGCACAACUCAAAGUGAACGCACAGCUUAUUUUUAUGAAAUGGUGGCAAUAGUGAUAUGAUAAAUAUUUACCUUUUUUAUCAAUAAUAACAGAUCUUCUGCCACACAAUUAAGUUCAUUAGCAAUCUACAGGCUGUUCACGGUUGCCAACCAGCACUGCAACUUGGCCCAUUAACAUAAAAAUCGGUGUCAUCACAGAUUUAAUACAUGUGUGGCCAGAUAUUAAAAUGCAGCUCAACCAGUCAUAUAUCAGUGUUGGAACCCCUUACCUAAAGUGAAAUAACUGUAACACACUGACUGUUGUGGCUUAUUGCUUUAAAAUGUACUGUAUAUUAUUUCACAGUACUGGGAUUUAUUUUGUUCUGUCAUAGUAUUGUCCAAACAAACAGGAAUAUCUGUUACUGGUUUGUCACUUAUGUUUGGUUAGAAAGUGUACACAUAAGGUCAAACAUAAAGAAGUGCUUGUUCAAUUACACCUUUUAGUUUCAAUCUAUUUCCUGUCAUUUUCCU